AUGGUAUGGUUCAGUGGUCGAGCUGUAACAUCUUCUUCACUCAGGAUCACGCCGCUGCCGCCAUCGCCAAGUCUGGCGUUCCAGGUUUGCGAUCACAAAGGUAAGCAGCCGCGACCUUUUGACAACCUGUACGGCUGCAGGGAGAGUCUGAUCGACGGCAUCAAGAGAGCCACUGAUGUGAUGAUUGUCGGUAAAGUUGCCAUGGUGACGGGCUACGGCGACGUGGGGAAAGGCUGCGUCCAGGCUCUGCGUGGGUUCGGAGCUCGCGUCAUCGUCACCGAGAUCGACCCCAUCAACGCGCUGCAGGCCGCCAUGGAAGGGUACGAGGUCACCACCAUGGAAGAGGAAGGAAACAUCUGCUUUAUUAAACAGCUUCUGUCCCGAUCACCUGUUCUCUCCUGUAGGUUCUGGCUCAGAUCGAGUUGUGGAAGAACACGGACAAAUAUCCCCUCGGAGUCCACUUCCUGCCCAAGAAGUUGGAUGAGCAGGUGGCAGCCGCCCACCUGGACAAACUGGGGGUGAAGCUGACGAAGCUGACAGACAAGCAGGCCAAGUACCUGGGUCUGCCCAGCGAGGGGCCCUUCAAACCAGACCACUAUCGCUACUGAGCGUCCAGUCCAGCUGGGGAAGAGGAGGAGGAAGAGGAGGUGUGGCUACCACGGUGUUGGUGUUUAGGUGUAGCUGUGUUUGGGUGGAG